ACCACAUUACUAUCCAUCAUUCAUCAUACCUUCUCUAUUUGCUCAUUGCAUAAUCAUGGCCAACCCUAGAUUGUGUAGCUUUCUUUUAGUUGUUUUCUCAAGUUUAUUAUUAUUAUUAUCAUCAAAUUCUGUGAAUGCAGAAGUUGUUCAGGUUACUGUCAGAGGACUAACCUCUAGAGCAAGUACUGAUGAGAAUUUUAUCUGUGCGACUUUGGAUUGGUGGCCUGAUACUAAGUGCGACUAUGGACAGUGUCCAUGGGGUCAAGCUGGAAUCUUAAAUUUGGAUUUGGAAAAUAAGAUUUUGGCUAAUGCUAUCAAGGCUUUUGAUCCUUUGAGAAUUAGAAUUGGAGGGUCAUUGCAAGAUCAACUAGUUUAUCAAGUUGGGAAUUCUAUCAAGAAAUUCCCUCACUUUAAAAGAAGAGAUGGUGAUGACUACUUGUUUGGAUUUACUAGAGGAUCUCUUCCCAUGGAUAGAUGGGAUCAAAUUAAUGCACUCUUUAACCAAACAGGAGUUAAACUCACUUUUGGGUUGAAUGCCCUCAUUGGAAAGCAAAAAUCCAAAGAUGAUGGGUCAAUCCUUUGGGUAGGAGACUGGGAUCCACAGAAUGCUCGUGAUUUUAUGAAAUACACAAUUUCUAAAGGAUACCAUAUUGACUCUUAUGAAUUAGGGAAUGAGUUGUGUGGAUCUGGAGUAUCUGCAAGACUCGAUGCUGUUGAGUAUGGAAACGAUGUAAUUGCACUAAGGAAAUUAGUGAACGAGUUGUACCCAGAUCCUAAUUCAAGACCAGCAGUGUUGGGUCCAGCUGGUUUUUACGACCAGCAAUGGUUUAAUACUUUUCUUAUGACCGUUGGACCUAAUGUUGUUGAUGGAGUAACCCACCAUAUAUACAAUCUUGGAGCAGGUGUUGAUAAGGCUCUGAUUAAUAAGAUUCAAGACCCGUAUUUCUUGGACCAGAUAGCACAGACGUUCAAAGAUGUUUCAGACAGUGUGAGGCAAUUUGGUCCAUGGUCUGGACCUUGGGUUGGGGAAUCUGGUGGUGCUUAUAACAGCGGUGGCAAGGAUGUUUCACAUACCUUUGCUAAUGGGUUUUGGUACUUGGAUCAAUUGGGCAUGACCUCAACUUACAACCAUAAAGUUUAUUGCAGACAAGCUUUUAUUGGCGGAAACUAUGGCCUCCUCAAUACCACAUCAUUCAUCCCAAAUCCUGACUAUUAUGGUGCACUUCUGUGGCAUCGUUUGAUGGGAAAGCAAGUACUAGCCACUUCUCAUAAUGCAUCUCCAUAUCUUAGAGCAUAUUCACAUUGCUCCAAGAAAAAGCCUGGAAUUACUCUACUACUAAUUAACAUGUCAAACCAGACCAGCUACUCAGUUUCUGUAAUCGAUGAUGAUAACUUCUUUGCAAGCAAUUCUGCAAACCAAUACAGUUCUGCUGGUAAUGAACAAAGAGAAGAGUAUCAUUUGACCCCAAAAGAUGGAAAUAUUCAGAGUGAUGUGUUGCUACUGAAUGGAACUCCAUUGCAGCUAACUGACUCAUUGGAUAUUCCUGCAAUGAAACCACAGCUCGUUGAUCCUUCGUCUCCCAUCACCGUUGCUCCUGAUUCUUUUGUUUAUGUUACCAUUAAAGAUUUUAAGGCUCCUGCCUGUGCUUAGAGAGAAAAGACUAGAUACAUUACAUAGUGUUCUCUUAGGCUUAUAUAUUGGUUGUGAUUUAGUUUAGGCUAUUUUCGUUUUUCUCAAUGCACUUUUUGUUUUUUGAGGAACAUAAUUAUUAAGUUGUAGCUAGGAUUUCGGUUUCUUAUAAGUUAAUUGCUUCAGAAUUUGCUCUCUU